AAGAAAAGAAAGAAAGAAAGAAAGAGUUGAAAGGAAAGGAUGUCGUCUUCAGCUGCGGCGGCGGCGUGGUCUCUUUGGUUCUCGUCUUCUUCUUCGCUGGACAAUGCGCGGCAUCGCAUCUUGAGGUCUCCUAGGUUCCAAGUGCGAUGUGCAGUGGCUGAACCAAUGAAGAAGAAGAAAGUAUGGAAGCAGGGGGAGUACCCCGGAGACGUUUCCAGCUUUGAUAGGAACCAGAGACGAACACCAAUUAAGAACAUUAAGAAGAAGCUGGAUCGUAAGAGUAACCUCAAUCCCUGGGUGAAUACUGUUACUCAGGCGCUAUCUGAGGCCAUCGACACAAAGCACUGGUUAACAGCCCUAGAGAUAUUCAAGAUGCUGAAGGAACAGCCAUUUUAUCAACCGAAAGAAGGAAGUUAUAUGAAGCUGAUUGUUCUAGUGGGGAGAUGUGGGCAACCCCAACACGCUCGGAAUCUUUUUAACUCGAUGAUUGAAGAGGGACUGGAACCGACCGCACAAAUCUACACGGCACUGCUUGCUGCUUACUGUCGAAGCAAUCUCAUUGACGAGGCGUUCAAAGUUCUUGAGCAAAUGAAGAAGCUUCCUUUAUGCCAACCCGAUGUUUAUACUUUCAGUAUCCUCAUCAAGGCCUGUGUUGAUGCUUCACGAUUCGAUCUUGUUAAAUCUCUUUACCAAGAAAUGGCUGAGAGAUGUAUAACUCCAAAUACAGUCACCCAAAAUACGGUUCUUGCGGGAUAUGGUAAGGCGGGCGAGUUUGAUUUAAUGGAGAAAGUGCUUCUCGGAAUGCUUGAUAGCACAUCAUCGAAACCAGAUGUAUGGACCAUGAACACAAUUCUUAGCUUGUUUGGCAACAUGGGUCAGGUUGAAACCAUGGAACGAUGGUAUGAAAAGUUCAGAAACUUUGGAAUCGAGCCUGAAACGCGCACGUUUAACAUCUUAAUAGGCGCAUAUGGGAAGAAAAAGAUGUAUGAUAAAAUGUCGACGGUCAUGGAAUACAUGAGAAAGCUUUCUUUUCCAUGGACCACAUCUACCUACAACAAUGUGAUUGAGGCGUUUUCAGAUGUGGGUGAUGCAAAGAACAUGGAGUACACCUUUGACCAGAUGAGAGCCGAGGGUAUGAGAGCGGACACCAAGACGUUGUGUUGUUUGAUCAGAGGGUAUGCAAAUGCAGGCCUCUUUCAUAAGGUGAUAAGCAUGGUGGAAUUAGCUGGGAAAUUGGGGAUACCGGAGAAUACAUCGUUCCAUAAUGCAGUGCUUUACGCGUGUGCCAAGGCGGAUGAUCUGAUGGAAAUGGAGAGAGUUUACAGGAGGAUGAAGGAUAAGCAGCAGUGUAGGGCUGAUGCAACCACUUUUGCCAUUAUGAUUGAAGCUUAUAAGAAGGAAGGUAUGAAUGACAAAGUGUUCGAUUUGGAACAGGAACAGGAACAAGAAACGAUUUUGAAGCUUACCUAGUAUUUACUCCUGCUUUUAUAUCAUAGAGCUUAGAUCCGGCUUGGUUAAUCGGUGGGUGUGUUUUAAGCGUUGGCAUGCUGUAUGUUUACAUCUCUUAUGUAUAUAGUCUUGCUUUUGCUUUUGCUUUUGCUUUUGCUUUUUGUUUAGUUAUAUUCACCUGCAGGAUCGAUCUCUUUUGGGUUCAAACCAAACCAAAACCGAACGGUUUCGGAUUUCCGUUUUACGUAUGCAUGCUUAGGCUACAGCUGGAUUUUCCUU